AUGCCUUUCCCUGAAUAUGAAGGACGUCGUCUAUUUAUUGCUGGUGAAAGUUAUGGUGGUGUUUAUGUGCCAACGUUGAGUUUACUUCUUUUGAAUUCGUCUAAAUUCGACUUUAAGAUAAGUCAACUAUCUGAAGCUUCAUUAAAAGGAUUAAAUCAUUAUAAUUUAUAUUCGGAAUGUGUUGGUGGUGUUCAAAUGACUUCAUUCAAUAAUCGUCAUUCAUUGAUAUCGAUUCCUGAAAUAUCUUCCAUGUUAAUCCAAACAAUAUGUUCAUCAUGA